AUGGUGCCUGCCGCUGAGACAAACCGUGUCUACGACAUCAAGUACUUCACACGGGACGCUCGCCGCGCACACCUCCCUGGCGGCACCAUCAAGUACGAGUACUACGACUUCAGCCCUGCCGAGAAGGUUGAAGCCCUGGAGGCACUGGAGACAGCACCAACCCCGGGCAAGAAGUGGCAGAGGCCCUUCAAGCCCAUCCUCGAAGAGGACAACAAUGGGUACACCAUGUGA